AUGGAAGACCAGCUGAGCCAGGAUGGUCCAACGUCCCCUCCCUGGGGAUGGUUUCCCGUGGAGCAAUUUCUUAUCCGCCGCUGGGAUGCCACUUCGCCCCUGAGUGUUGACGAGCAGAGACGCACCCUCCUACAGUCAUUCAUGGAGACAGAUGUGCUACCUGACGGGUGGACGGCCCCAGGUGACAGCGUGUCUCGGGUGCCGACCGUCGAGGAGGUCCGAGAUAUUCUCGCCCCUUGGCGGCCUCAGAAGGUUCGCAAGAUCGCCCAUCAAUACCUUGGGCGCGGAAACCAAUACAUCAUCUUGCGCACGUAUUAUGGCCAGGAUAGUGACGACAAGAUGGCUGCUAUUCUUGAAGAUGAAGAGGAUGGUGAUGAAUCCCUCGAUCCAGAGGACAAUUGGUGGCGUGUCCUCGACGACGCUCAGUUGUUUGACUUUGGUGACGACUGGCAACAAAUCUUUGAGAUCCUACCCGAGCUCGUUGGGCACCGUGGACAGCAGAUCCAUAGAGGCCCGAGUGAGGCCCAGAUAGUCAGCAUCCGUCAAGAGUUUGCCGAAUUCGACCAGGAGGAUACUUUGGAUCAAGUAAGCCCCAUCGUCGACCAGAUCCAAAAGAGUGCCGCAUCAGGCAACGGUCCACUCUUUGUCGCCGACGAAGAGGCGCUCGAGGAGAAACUUCUCCAAGUUUUCUACCUGGAUGGCUACGGCAACGUCGUGCGUUAUUCCGCUAUUGAGCCUGAAAGCAUGGGGGACAUGAAGGUACGCGAGGAAGUUAGUCGCGAUGUCGAUUGCUGGUCAAACGGGGAAAUCGGCCACCAUUACAAGCGUCAGGGAGAACUGGCAGCCAAAUACUACCCGCAGAGUGGAUAA